UCUUAACCUUAGUAUAUUUAGAGAGAGAGAGAGAGAGAGAUGCCAAUCUGCCAUUAUAUUCUCGCCCCACUUGCCUAACCUUCUUUUAUUUGUUGAAGAGAUAGAGAGAGAAGGGCUGGAAGAAACAAUUUCAAAGGAAGAAUUUAUUUUUGAGGUAAAACACCAAAUGGGAAUUGGAAAUUAAGCACAAGGGUGGCAGGCUUCCUGGUUUCUGCUUCUUUAAUUCUUUCUGUGUGUUCUUCUUAUUUAAGUCUUCUCUCUCUAUAGAUAUAUAUAUGUUUCUUGUGUUGGAUCAAUUCCUUUUUUGUGCCGAUCCUCUCUCUGAUUUCCCCAGAGCUGCGUUGAUUUCAGUUCCCAAGAUUGAAUCUUGGAUUGCUGUUAAAGGGUUCUCAUGAUUUGAAUUCGAGGUGAGAGCUUUGUGGAAUUCAGAUUAAUCAGAGGAAAAAACAUAGAGAGAGAUUUGGCUAUCGGAUUCGUUGUUUGAUUCCGGAAGGAUGAUGAUGUUCGAGGACAUGUCAUUCUGCGGCGACCUCGACUUUUUCUCCUCCUCCUCCUCCGCCGCCGCGAUCAAGGAAUCCGACAUCUCCGCCGGCGCCGGCGACGAUGACUACACCGACGAGGAAGAGAUCGACGUCGAUGAGCUCGAGCGCCGGAUGUGGCGCGACAAAAUACGUCUCAAGCGCCUCAAGGAGAUGAACAAGGCCAAAGAUUCCGGCGCCGGCGCAGCGAAGCUGCGGCAGUCGCAGGAGCAGGCCCGCCGGAAAAAGAUGUCGCGGGCGCAGGACGGAAUCCUCAAGUACAUGCUAAAGAUGAUGGAGGUCUGCAAAGCUCAAGGCUUCGUCUACGGCAUCAUCCCGGAGAAAGGGAAGCCCGUCGGCGGCGCCUCCGACAACCUCCGCGAGUGGUGGAAGGAUAAAGUCCGAUUCGAUCGCAACGGCCCUGCCGCCAUCGCCAAAUAUCAGUCUGACAACGCUCUCGCCGCCGGCGUCACUGACGCCGGCGGCGGCGGCGGCGGCGGUGGCGGCGCCGCCGCCGCCACCCCGCACACUCUCCAGGAGCUUCAGGACACGACGCUCGGAUCCCUCCUUUCGGCGCUGAUGCAGCACUGUGAUCCGCCGCAGCGUCGGUUCCCGCUGGAAAAAGGCGUGCCGCCGCCGUGGUGGCCGACGGGAAAAGAGGAGUGGUGGCGCGACCUUGGCUUGCCUUUACCGCCGCCGUACAAGAAGCCUCAUGACCUCAAGAAGGCAUGGAAAGUCGGCGUUUUAACGGCUGUGAUCAAACACAUCUCGCCGGACAUUGCCAAGAUCCGCAAGCUAGUCCGGCAGUCGAAGUGCCUUCAGGACAAGAUGACGGCAAAGGAGAGCGCAACGUGGCUCGCAAUCAUAAACCACGAGGAAGCCCUGGCUCGGGACCUCUGCCCCGACCGCUGCCCGGCUUUGCCCUCGUCUACCACCACCGCAACCUUCGGGAUCAACGACGAGUACGACGUCGACUUCAAAGUCGGGCUCGAAUUCUCCCGGAAACGGAAACCCGGCAACGAUCUCGAUCUCGACUCGAUCUUCGGGCAAACGACGUACAGCCUAAACGACAUCAAGCCGUCGCCGAUUAUCUUCCCCCAAUCGUUGAUCCACGCGACUCUGUCCCAACGUUCGUUCGACGUUGGAGUCCCCGAAGAUGGGCAACGGAUGAUCAACGACCUAAUGGCCUCAUACGACGAACGGAACAAGAACCCGGCAAACAACGUUAACGACCCUCGGCCUCACGACGGGUUUGUCAUCGGCAAUCAAUCUCCGGUGGGCUACGACGCUCGUAUAUUCGACGCUUUUGAUCACUACAAACCGCCAGCCACCUCCGGAAGCUUCCAACCGCUGUUCGCCGUAUCCUCCGCCACUGCCGGCGGCGGUUACUCCGAUGCAUUUCCGGCGACGGGGAGGGACGGAAAUUUGCCGAGACCAGAUGUCACACUUUGGUACUAACAAUUGUUGUACCAUUAUUAUGAGGUGGAUUUUAUUUUUUAUUUUUAUUUUUUGAAAGUUUUACUGUUACAUGUAGUUUAGAAAUUUACUGUAAUAAGUUAACAUGAUUGAGAAACAGAAAUGGUGCAAUCUGUGGAGGGCCCACUUCUAGACAACAUAACAUGAUGUGUUACAAUAUGGAUAGACUUCAAUAUAUGAUUUUUAUUGGCUUUUUAUGCUUUAUUAUAAA